GCUGCCAAUGACUGGAACGAAUUUACUUCGGUAAAUAGUUCGAAGAGCCAACGCCUGCGAGAUGUGAUUGGCCUGUGCGAUGCAAUAAUUAAGGAGGAUGACGUCAUGAGCAUAGUUUUUCUUGUCAACGUUCGCCCCUGUCGGUUCACAUUCGCCUUACCUCCGACCGCAGACGGGACUCAAACCAAGCCCAGAAAUGGUAAAUGCCUUUACUCUGUUCUGUUUCAAAGAUAUUUGUAUGCGACGUGAAGUGUAGACUGUUAGCCUAGCAAAAUGUCAUUUUAAAUUCGUGUAGACAAAGCCAGUUAGCUUGCUAGCUGAUCCAACGAAGACAUUGCGCUGCUGGAUUUUCAAAACAUGGCUGUGCAAUGUUUGCUGGCUAACGUUACUUGUUCUCUUCAUCUUCGGUAGUCAUAUUAAUGGAUGUGUUUUCUCUAUUUUCAUCUCUGCCGUACUUCUCAACCAGUCUGACUUCUCAGAAGACCAGAUCAUUGGUGAGUUUUGUGACAGCUUUGUGACAGUAACGCUAUUUGAAGGCUAGCUACCUAGCUAAAUUGUUAGCUGCUAGACUAUCCCUUACUUCACUGUCGUCAUUCAUUGAAUGUCGAAUAGCUGUACUUCUUCUCUCCUGUCCUCCUCAUGUUUGUCUUGUGAGAAGCAGUUUCCCUGCUGACAAGUUGAUUUAAACUGGAGCCUAUGGUGAGUUUGUUGAGAUGGACCAGGUUUUGUUUUGGCUAACCAUCUUGGGAAACAUUUUAACGUUUACAUUUGAGUCAUUUGGCAGACGCUCUUAUGCAGCGCGACUAACAGUAGUGAGUGCGUAAGUUUUCGUACAAUGCAUGAAUAGUGGAAUUGUCAUCAGACAUAUUGAUAUACGUUUACUAAAAUAUUCACGAGUGUCUAUUGGCUCAGUCAAUCCCAUAUAAUGUGGUCGAUCCCCUUGUUUGAUCACCACAGCGGGUUUGAUUGAAUGGUGUUUCAGCAGAUUAAUGUUUUGUGUUGAAUGGAUGACCAACUAAUUUUGCUGUUUUUUGAGUUCUGUGCCUGAUAUUUUUUAUGCAUGCAGAAAUAGAAGGGCCAGAUUUCAACAUGUCAAGACAUGGCUAGUCAUUAGUGUUCAGAAGCCUAAAUACUUUGAAAGAUUGGUCGUUUUAGUUCUUCCAUUUUAACGUUUUUUAGGUUUUUUUUGCCAACACCAAUUUUGGGAUUAUUGAUCUGUUCCGUUUAUUGUUGUGAUGUUUAGCUAGCUACGUGGUUAGAGAACAGCGCUAACCGGAAGUUCAAAAUUCUGGAAUGAGAAUUUGUUCCAGGUGCGAGAAUUGUAUAAAAUAUGUCUACAUAUUAUUGAGGAAAUCAAGCCACUAUUGUAAAUUGUUCUCAGUCCUACACCGGUGUUGACUCAUAGACAUUGUAUAAGCAAAGGGAAAUGACUCAACCACUUAUUGAGUUGUACGUAUCGAAGGCGUGGCACAACUAAACCUCAGACAUACUCUUUGAAAUUAAGUUAGCGAAGCAUGUAUCCAUUUAGCAAUAACAUAUCUACCGACAUAGCGUUACUGUACACAUCGAUUGACUGUGUAUUUUCCCCUUGCUCAAUGGCCUGUUUAGGAGUUUUGUUCCACGGUUGAUAGAUUUCAUUUGCCCUCGUUUGUUUGGUUGAAAGACGGUUGACAGAUUACUCGGCCAGCGCUUGCUGUCGAUGCCAUAUAUGGGUAAAUGAGUAGCUGCUGUGUAGUUUUAGACGGACCGUCUCGGGAUGCGCCGCAUACCAGCGGUGGGAGGCAGGCACCAUAACAAUGGCCCGGGGAAAUUACCCUGAUGUCAGAAAGCGUUCCAUUAGAGGCCACCGCAUUUAAUGUAGAUAACAAAUACUCAAUCAAACAACAAAACCAAAAAAACGGAAUUGUUUGUGUAAUAACGCUUUAUUUGAUAAAUUUUUCACUGCCAAUGUAUUAUUCACUUUCUUACUAACUUUGUCUUUGGAUUCUCGUUUUUGCCCAGUCUUUUCAACCUGUUUCUACAUUUACAGCUUAUAUAUAUCAAUCAGCUCUGUGCUUUUUUUAAAUGCCCUUCUUCUCCCAGCUUAUAUUUAUCAAUCACACACACACAAUACAGCUCUGCUUUUUAAAAAUGCCCUUCUUCUCUGUCUGUCAGAGUUCAAGGAGGCCUUCCUGCUGUUUGACAGGACAGGUGAUGGGAAGAUCAGCUACAGCCAGUGUGGUGAUGUCAUGCGGGCUCUCGGCCAGAACCCUGUCAACGCUGAGGUCCUCAAGGUCCUGGGCAACCCCAAGUCAGAAGGUCAGCCAUUCUUCUAGAUGCUUACUGAACAUUGACCAUUAGUAUCCAUUGGCUGGAUAAAACAUAGAAGUAUUACACAUUUCAGUUAACAUUUGUCAGAUUUUAUUCGGGCAUAGUGUCGUCUUAUUGUGUUCCGUUUGAUUUAGACCUAUUUUUCAACGCUUAGGGCUGAUGUGUUUUUGGGACUGUUACUGUUUGCAGUGAACAACUUCACCAAACCAGUUUGAAUAAUUUGUAUUCUGUAAGGUAUCAACUAAUGUGCUUUAGCAUCCAACGAAGGAUACAACUGAUGAAACAAAAUGUUAUUCUGGGUAUGACAUAACUAUUCUAUGGAGUGUGAACUUUGUGUGUAAUCUGCAGUUGUCAAGUACCACAGGCACACAGGCUUUGUCCUAUCCUAUCAAGUGGGUGGUACUAUUGAAACUCAGUUUCUGUUGUGGUUGUGCAUCCUGUCCCUUAUCAGUCAAGGAACCGAGACAUUGAGUACGUUGACAUGCACACUAAUAUUUCAAUAUUAAACUGAUUAUGGCAGUAGGCAGAUUAUGGCAUUAGUCACGUAAACACCUUACUCUGCUUAUCUUAAACGGCAUAAGGUCAAAAUCGAAGUAAGCAUACACCGAUUGAAACACCUGGUUUUCUGAGCGAUCUUUUGAAUCAUUAGGACAUGUAAACAUCGGCGUUCCAGCAGUGCAUUUCAUCUGCGCAUGUGCUAGCACCAGCCGAGCGAGCCUCCCUCUUUAGCGUGAGUGAAAUGUGUUUGUAAACAACUGAAUUUGUGUCUUACAAACUUUAUAUCUCCGUCUCCGAACACAGAAUCAAAUAUGCUUCCCAAAAAUAAUGUUUGCUGAGGUAGAAUGUUUAUUUUGAUUGCGGAGUUUCUGCAUUUUCAGAGUGCCAUCAGGUGUGUCCAUGUAAACAGGAUUAUUAAGGAAAUCGUUCUUCUUGCAAAGCAUGUAAAAGUUUUAAUCGAACUAUUAUAUUAAUCUGACUAUCCACAAUAAUCACAUUAUUGUGUACAUGUAACAGAACUCAUUGUGUAGGUUCACUCUCCAAACGAUCCCUGUUCUGUUCUUACAUGUGUUAAACACAGAACAGGUGCAUCUCAGAUAUGCAGAUCAUGUCAACAAGGUCUGAUAACAUAAAGCUGACUAUCAAUUUAUAGAGAAACACAAGCAUUCCUCUAUUUGGAAUUUAUAAGAUUUGUUCAGAUGUUUAUUAAGCUGACAUAUGGAAUUGUGUUAAGAUGGUCAUACUAUGGAUCAUUUUGCUAUUUAAUUUUGAGUUUCAGGACCCCUUUAGGUAUCCCCAAACAACAUAAGAAUAAUACUAAUAAUAGUUUUGGGUCUUUAGUAGCCCAUAGUAACACAUUAAUAAAUGGCAAAAAGGACAGUAAAACAAUAAAUCAUUAAAACAACAAGGUUUUGAAGUGUCUGUCCUAAAUCUAGGAGAUAUAAGGUGUGUGUAUAAUUUUUUUGACCUUAUUAUUUUUUUUUGGGUAGGCACAUAAAUACCUUCAAACUACCAUUUGUUUUUCUAAACCGAAACCGGUACCGGUGACCUUCAGAGGAGUCCUGUGACACUUGUGGGGGCCGUAGAGGAAAACGGAGACCAUCAUCGUGUUCGUGAGAGUCUCCCAUUUCCAUAGUUUGUAGGCCAAACCGUUCGGACGCUACAGACGUUUUCGUGAGAAGACCGAUUUUCGUGAUGUCUCGUAGUCCGGCUAACACUGCUCUAGCUCUGCCACCUUUCAUCACAGAUGCAGAAGUGUGACAUUAAUUGACUCAUCCGAUACAAAAAAACAACCUGGAUAUCUCUAGCUUAAACUGACACACAUUUUUAUGAUUUUUUAAAAUGUUAAUUAGGGUGAUGGACCGGUACGUCAAUCGACUCUAGGGGGUUAAAUACAUUUCAUGCCAUGUUGAGUUAUUUUACUCUCAGUAUGUGGGCCUAGUCUUAAAUGGAGCAGAUGCAGAUAUUUUAUAUACACUGAACAAAAAUACAAACGCAACAUGUUGGUCCCAUGUUUCAUGUGCUGAAGUAAAAGAUCCAAGAAAUGUUCCAUAUGCACAAGAAGCUUAUUUCUCUCAAAUUAUCUGCAAUUUUUUUUUUACAUCCCUGUUAGUGAGCAUUUCUCCUUGGCCAUGUUAAUCCAUCCACCUGAUAGGUGUGUCAUAUAAAGAAGCUGAUUAAACGGCAUGAUCAUUACACAGGUUCACCUUGUGCUGGGGACAAUAAAAGGCCACUCUAAAAUGUGCAGUUUUAUCACACAACACAAUGCCACAUGUCUCUACUCUUGAGGGAGCUUGCAAUCGGCGUUCUGACUGCAGGAUUGUCCACCAGAGAAUUCAAUGUUAAUUACUCUACCAUAAGCCGCCUCCAACGUCAUUGCCAGAGAACUUGGCAGUACGUCCGACUGGCCUCACAACCGCAGACCACGUGUAUGACGUCGCAUGGGCGAGUGGUUUGCUGAUGUCAAUGUUGUGAACAGAGUGCCCCAUGGUGGCCGGUGGGGGUAUGGGCAGGCAUAAGCUACGGACAACAAACACAAUUGCAUUUUAUCGAUGGCAAUUUGAAUGCACAGAGAUACCGUGACGAGAUCAUGAGGUACAUUGUCGUGCCAUUCAUCCAACGCCAUCGUGACAUGGGGUUGAAACAUGAGGCAAGGGUCUGUACACAAUUCCUGGAAGCUGAAAAUGUCCCAGUUCUUCCAUGGCCUGCAUACUCACCAAACAUGUCACCCAUAGAGCAUGUUUGGGAUGCUCUGGAUCAAUGUGUAUGAUAUCCAGCAACUUCACACACUCUUUGAAGAAGAGUGGGACAACAUUCCACAGGCCACAAUCAAUAGCCUGGUCAACUCUGUGAAGGAGAUGUUGCGCUGCAUGAGGCAAAUGGUGGUCACUAUAUACUGACUGACUGGUUUUCUGAUCCACGCCCCUACCUUUUAAAGGUAUCUGUGACCAACAGAUGCAUAUCUAUAUUCCCAGUCAUGUGAAAAUCAUAGAUUAGGGCCUAAUUUAUUUAUUUCAAUUGACUGAUUUCCUUCUAUGAACUGUAACUCAGUAAAAUCUUUGCGUGUCGCAUUUAUAUUUUUGUUCAGUUUAAGUUAUUCUGUCUGUUUCUAGAAAAGUAACAGCUAGUGAUAGUAUCUAGCAGAGUAAGACGUGUUUAUGUUUUCGGCCCUCCCCAGAGAUGAAUCACAAGAUGCUAGACUUUGAGCAGUUCCUGCCAAUGCUCCAGGCCAUCGCUAAGAAUAAGGACCAGGGCUCCUUUGAGGACUUUGUGGAGGGUCUGCGCGUCUUCGACAAGGAGGGCAAUGGCACAGUGAUGGGCGCUGAGCUGCGCCACGUCCUCACAACACUCGGUAAGACCUCAGAACCCCCGAUGGCUAUGUUUACUUCUCCACUUAUGAAAAUAUUGUUAAUUUUCAUUGAACUGCAGUCACUGUGUAUUUCUUACUUGUAUUAGUCAAUGGUUUAUAUUACAGUAUAUUAGCCAACCAUUUAUUUCUUGUACAUGAGAGCUCUACUUCAGCUUAACACUCCAGACAAACAUUACUGCAACCUGCCUUGUGACAAUGUUGGAGACAUAAAUCAUUGACUUUCAGCUCUUGAUGGUUUUACCUGAAGAAUGUUAAUUUGGAUCAAGAGAAAAGCUUGAUCCACACGGCCCUCUUUUCCUUAUCAACCUCACCUGACUGGGGUGCCAAAGGUCCUUAUUAUCACUAAUCAGUUAUCACCUCUUAAACUAGUGACUCAAUGCCCUACCUUAUCCAUAUUGAUCCUCUUCAUUUGCAUCCUGAACAUCUGUCUUGUAAGACGAUUGAGCAACAUAAACAACAUAAGACAUGGCUUUGUUGAUGGUCUCACUCGUUAACUGUAUCAGUAGGCCUCUGGGAAUGUCUGCUUGGUAGUGGGGUUUACCUUUAUAGAAUUGCAGAUGUGAAAGGUAUAGGAAAGAUGGGAUUCCCUUCCUAUACAGUGUCUUGUCUAUCUGUUAUGAGAAUGUAAAAGUUUUUCAUUUUUUGUGUUGCAGGUGAGAAAAUGACAGAAGAGGAGGUGGAGACUCUCUUAGCGGGACACGAAGACGCGAACGGCUGCAUCAAUUACGAAGGUAAAGCAGCGUGGUUAUGAGAUUUGAUGGUUGUAAAGGGAGAACACUGAACCUCGUCUUAUACUGUAGAAUAUAUCACAAUGCUUUAGGAAUGACCAUUUCACAUAGUUUUGAAUAAUGGAACAAUCAUGUGGAUGAUAAGAUGUUAAUUUUACCAAAAUACAAUGGCAAUUGUCUUGAAUGGGAUGUACUCAUGGAUCAUGUAAACACAAAUCCCUAUGAAUAUUUGAUUAUUAAUAAGUAUUAUGUGUAUGACUGGGUGGAGGUUGUGUUUAUUUGAUUUCAGGUGGUUGUGUGUGGUGUCCCUUCUCUUGUUUUUUCCCUUCACUGAUCUCCCUGUUCCUCUCCCACAGUUUUUGUCCGCCACAUCAUGUCCGGCUGAGCGGCGGGUACGAGCAGACCCCCUAAAGCCCCCCCCCCCCCUCUCUGUCAGCACCUACCCCAGCAGUGGGCUCUCACCUGCUCUGGGGGAUGUGUGUGUAGGGGGGAGGGGGCCUCUCUUCAACCCAUCACUGCACAGAAUGCUCCUACUCCUAGCAACUGAUACCACAGAUAUAUAUUUAAGCAAGUAGUUAACUAGCAGGUUACUCUUUAUUGUUUCUGGUUGUGUGUGGGGGUGCUCUUACUCAAACACACAUUUGAAAGAUGGCGUCCUAUUGAAGAGAUGCGUAGUAAAGGCUAUGAUACUGAUGGCGUAUGUAGAGUAGGACAUCUCUCUGUGCCGUGAUGGUGUUGUCAGAGGCUACAGGGUUCCUGUGGUGGAGUCUGGUUUGAAUUUAUGAUUUGAUAUCUGUUCUUUUUAACUUUCUCUCCUGCAGAGCAUUUCUCUCUCUCCUGCCCUUUCCCCUCUCCUGGCUGUAGCCUGCAUGUAGCAUCUCUGCAUGUGUCUAAGUGGCUCCUGAGGGACCCCAAUGGACACUGACUCUCCAACCGGAAGAGGGCAGGACACUGAUGGGGGGGGAUCUGUGUUAGUUAGACUAGAGGGGUGACUCCUCAACUCUGAAUGUGUGGGAGGGUGUUUUGGAUCAAGUGGUGUAAAAUAAAGCCUUCUCAAGGGUUAAAUUGUCGUCCUCUUUACUAUAGUGACUUCCUACUAAUGCAGAAUUGCAUUUCCUUGGCUGGUGACAUCUGGUCCCUCCGCCCCUUCUCCCCAUUGAAGCUCUAACUGUAGGUGUGCUAGACCCUUGAUUUAGUUUUUUUCCUCCCUUUCUGUCAGAUCCCUCGCUCCUCCUCCUUCCCGCUGUCCUCCUUUUUCUUCUGUUAGAACAGCCCAAAUAAGGAGGGGGGCUGCUAAUCCUAACACAUUUCAGGUUCUGAGGCCUGGCUGAGCAAAUCCUUGGCUGUUCUGGCUCGUUAGGAGAUGGAGCUUUUCUGAGUCCCUCCCCUCCCUACUGCUCUCAUUCCUCGCUCCAGCCUCUGUUCACCCCUUUAAUGCAGGUUCUCUCUUCUGACUGACACGUGGAGUCUCUGGAUCAGACUCGGGCUGUAGCAUCCAGCUCCAGCAGAGAGCUGUGCUCAUGUUGGGAAGGAAAACACCUCCUAGAGAACCAUGUGGGAGCAAGUCACUAAGUGGACUUGCCUCUGUUGAUUCAUUGAAUUUGUCUCAAUGUGGUGUCUGGGCUGUGACAUCCUCUGAGUCUGUUUGUCAAUUACAUCUUGGUGGGAAAAUGCUUAGAAAGGCAUUUGGGAAAAAUGUAUGUUUUGGAUGGAAUAUCCCAUCCAUAAUUUAUUCUAGGCUAUACAAGCCAAUCCUUCUAGAACCAAGAGUCAGUAUAAAGUCAUAAGGAAAAUAAGGCACUCUAAAUCCUAUAGUUGAUAGGUAGUGCGAGGCUAUUUGGGAAAGUGUGGAGGUUGUAGCACUGCUGGUGGAGGCUGUAGUGUUGCUGGCAGAUGCUUGAGGUGGAGUUUGCUCUAGGCUUUUCUUCUCACACAGAUGACCAAGCAUGCUGCUGAUGUAUUCUUUUUUUUUUUCUCUCCCUCAGAACUCGUCCGGAUGGUGAUGAGUGGUUGAAGAUUUCAAGAACACAACCGGUUACUUUUAUUCCCAAAUAUGUUUUUUCUAUUAUAUACGUAAAGUCUGUCUCGCCCCCAUCCACCGUGUCAUUCCCCACCCAACUCUUGUUUGCCCUCAUUUUGUGAUAUUUUUUUUUUUCUUUCAGAAGUGCCUUUUCUGUGUCUGAGUUGAGACCCUUUUUCAUUUCACUUCAAAAUAUCAUCCAGCCACAGGUGCAUGCUAUCAUGCCUGGCUCGUGGACAGAAUCGGCAAUAACAUUCCCUUGAUUAUUCCAUACAUUCCCAUCUCCCACCCUGUCACUCAACCCCUGUGUCAGCCCCGUCGCCCAAUAGCUGUGUUUUUAUACAGAGUUCAUUGGCUGAGACCAGCUGUAAUGUGGAUUUUACCAGGCCAACCAAUCAUGAAAUGGUAGAUGAUUUACUGUCUCAUAUGUUGUCUCGAACGAUAUUUAAUAAAAAUCCCCAGUUUCUGAAAACGAA